AUGGGCCGGGGGACAGAGAGGAAGUCCACAGAGUAUUACACUAACAGCCCAAACUUCUGCAUUUUUAAUAUCAGAAGUACUAUUCAUUUAGAAUAUGAAGGAACAUCAUUUUCUGAGUGGAGUGUGUCAGCACCUUGUUCUGUAAAAGACAGAAGAUCAACCAAGACAGAAUUACGUUGUUCUUCUCCUGGUUAUCAUCACAUAAAACCCAUUGUUACAGGCCCAGUAAAAGAGAGCCGCUAUCUGUCGGUGGAUAAUUCUCAAAUUUGCUUUUUGUGGUAUUACAGAGUUAACUAUUUUAAUUUUCCCGAAGUUAUAUUUAUAUGGGUAUAUGAUCCAGAAAAUGCAGAUCAUGAUGAGUUGCUAUGGAAAGCAAAUGAACCUUCACUAAAUUCCAUAAUACUUACCAAGCAAUUCACCGCUUUGGGACAGAAGCCUGCCAUAUAUACAAUUCUAAGGAGAAAACAGUAUUUUCCAACGGAGCCAUUGAAGAAUGGGGUCUGGAAAAUAUCAAUACCAAUGAGAAAAGAUGAUAUAGUAAAGAAUAUUGUAGGAAACAAAGUGGCUUUUCAAGAUUGUUUUGUUGCAGAUUUUGUUUUUCUACUGACUCUUCCUGUGAUGACCAUACCUGAGAUUCCUGGUUAUUUACCACUGUCUACACCAAGUGGUAGUCAACUAAUAGUUGACUGGGAUGCUUGUGUUCCUUCAGCUGCUGUUGUGGUAACUGAAAUGGAGACCUUUCAAACAAAUGAUUCAUUCCUUACUUGGACAAAAAUCAGAGUCCCUCCAGGCAUUCUGAAUGAUGAUGAAAGACACCAUGUCACAGAUAUGUGCCUAUCAGAGGGUAGAAUAUUUUUUAUAAUAAAUGGUAUACUUUACCUAAAAGAUUUUCUUAAAUUUACAAGACUGGGAAGAAAUGAAAAUCUUCCUGAUGAUGGAAUUAUUGGUAUUACAUCAAGAAGAUGGUGUUGGGUCAACUAUUUAUUCAAGUCUCAAGGAAAAAGAAGCAGCAUGGCAGUCUGGACAGAAAAUGAAGUUUAUCUUGGUAGUCCAUAUCAACCCAGUGACACAAGACAACAAGAACCAUAUAAUUUAUUUAGAUUUAACAAGAUAAUAACUACUACAGAACUGAAAAAUCUUCUACGUCUGUCAUCGACUGCUAGUCUGACCAUACACUCUGUUGACUAUACAGCACAUCCUUUGGAACUUGCCUUAUUGUUAAGUUACUGUGUUGCAUGCACUUCCAGCAAAAAGAUUUACCUGGUAAUAUAUAAUGAAGAUACAAAACAGUGGAUGUACCAAGACUUUGCCUUAGAUGUCCCUAUUGACAGUUUUUUAGUUUCCCAUUUUCUAUAUUCAGCAACGCCAGAAUUACUACUAUCGGACAAACACAGGAUCUAUUACAGUUAUCAUAAUUUCACAGUUUCUGGAAUUUUACAAGCACCUGUGGAAAAUGGAAAUCUAUCAAGGUUAUCACAGAACAGCAGUAUUCAUGAUGUGUUUUUAGAUUAUUUUGGGAAUAUUGUGAUAAAAAUGGAAAAUAAUAUAAUGUUUUAUUCCAAGGUGAAUAUUGAAGAUGUAAUACAGCUACAUUCAUGGACAAAUAAGGCCAUACAAUCAUUCUUUGGCUUGGAUAUAUCUGGUCAAUUAUAUUUUGUAUACAUUUUUGAAAACGGUACGUUACAACCACAGAAAUAUCCCUUACAAUUGGAAGCACAAAGUGUAAUCUUUCAAACAAAUGAAAACUGCCCCUACAUUGCAUUUCAUACUAGUCUUACACGUAUUUUUUACGUUUUGGACAAGAGAGAGGUCCUGUCGUUUUGGGUUCAAGUGACGUAUCCAGAAAGUAGUGGUCUAUACAUUAUUUUGGAAUCCUAUGGUCCAAAAAUAAUAAAAGAGAAAAGAAAGUUUACCUUUGAAGUCAUCUUAGGGUACUGCACUAAAACCAUGUAUGUAACAUUUUCUCAGGCUGUAAAUUAUGAGGCAGUAGAUGAUUACUUCAAGUUACAAGACCAGACCUCGGGUCUUGUGCUUUUCAAUUUCCGGCCUAGUAAAUAUUCAAAAGCAUGUACAGCACCCAAAAAGGUAAUCCAAGUAGCAGUCGGCUGUAAUUCCAAGAAAUACAUUGCUGUUAAAGGGCAAAAAGUAAAAUAUGAUUGGGAAUCAUAUGGCUGCCCAUUAAGACUUGAUUUCAGAAAGAAGUUUAAGCCUUCGAUUCAAUUCUUGGGAGCCCCUUCUAGCAGGGCUGUACUGCACGACUUGGGAGCCACUUCCUUGAGUGGUUGUUUAAAUGAAGCACAGACAUGGAAGUCAAUGACUGAACUUAACAAGCAUCUCCCAUUGGAAAAGGCCUGGGGACCUGAGAACUAUAAGCACUGUUUUUCUUAUGCUAUUGGAAAACCAGGAGACUUGAAUCAACCAUAUGAGAUUAUCAACAAGUCUAAUUAUAACCAUAUAAUUUGGCCCCUGGACCAUUCUGGAAUGUAUGUAUUUAGUGUGAAGAUCCUGGAUCCAAACUACAGCUUCUGUAACCUAACAGCUAUAUUUGCAAUAGAGACCUUUGGAUUGAUUACCAGACCAAAUGGCUACCUGGUAGCUUCUUUCCUCUUUCUCCUAAUGCUAUUAUUCUUCAGUAUUCUAGUUUUGAGCUACUUGCAUUAUAUGAAGAUUUAUAGACAAUAUAUUUAUGAACCACUUUCACCUGAGGGAAAACAAAAGAAAAUGUAG